CGCGCGCGGGGCUGGGCCGGGAGCGCGCGCGGCGCGGCUGCCCGCCUGCGAGCCUGGAGGGCGGCCGGUGGCGUGGACUGGCGGCCGAGCUCCCGGGAGCGCCAGUCGGGCUCCCGCACACACAGCCCCGGGCCGGGACGGCGGGACCUGCGCGCGGCGGCAGGCUCGGAUUGUUUCUCUUUAUUCAGAAGCAUAACGUUGUUUGCUGAUUGCAAGAAGAUGUUUCUUUGGCUCUUUCUGAUUUUGUCAGCCCUGAUUUCGUCGACAAAUGCAGAUUCUGACAUAUCGGUGGAAAUUUGCAAUGUAUGUUCCUGUGUGUCGGUUGAGAAUGUGCUCUAUGUGAACUGUGAGAAGGUUUCAGUCUACAGACCAAAUCAGUUGAAGCCACCUUGGUCUAAUUUUUAUCAUCUCAAUUUCCAAAACAAUUUCUUAAAUAUCCUCUAUCCAAGUACAUUCGUGAAUUUCUCUCAUGCAGUCUCCCUGCAGUUGGGAAAUAAUAAACUGCAGAAUAUAGAGGGAGGAGCCUUUCUUGGGCUCAGUGCAUUAAAGCAGUUGCACUUGAACAACAAUGAAUUAAAGAUUCUCCGAGCUGACACUUUCCUUGGCAUAGAGAACUUGGAGUAUCUCCAAGCUGACUACAAUUUAAUCAAGUAUAUUGAACGAGGAGCCUUCAAUAAGCUCCACAAACUGAAAGUUCUCAUUCUUAAUGACAAUCUGAUUUCAUUCCUUCCUGAUAAUAUUUUCCGAUUUGCAUCUUUGACCCAUCUGGACAUACGAGGGAACAGAAUCCAGAAGCUCCCUUACAUUGGAGUUCUGGAGCACAUAGGCCGAGUUGUUGAGUUGCAGCUGGAAGAUAACCCUUGGAACUGUAGCUGUGAUUUGUUGCCUUUAAAAGCCUGGCUAGAGAACAUGCCCUAUAACAUAUACAUAGGCGAGGCUAUCUGCGAAACCCCCAGCGAUUUAUAUGGCAGGCUUUUAAAAGAAACCAACAAGCAAGAAUUAUGUCCCAUGGGCACAGGGAGUGACUUUGAUGUCCGAAUUCUGCCUCCAUCUCAGGUGGAAAAUGGCUACACCACCCCCAAUGGUCACACCACCCAAACAUCCUUACACCGAUUAGUGACCAAGCCACCGAAAACGACAAACCCAUCCAAGAUCUCUGGCAUCGUGGCUGGCAAAGCCCUGUCCAAUCGCAAUCUCAGUCAGAUUGUGUCUUACCAGACCAGGGUGCCGCCUCUUACACCCUGUCCGGCGCCUUGCUUCUGCAAAACGCACCCUUCCGAUUUGGGACUGAGCGUUAACUGCCAAGAGAAAAACAUCCAGUCCAUGUCCGAACUGAUACCGAAACCUUUAAAUGCCAAGAAGUUGCAUGUCAAUGGCAAUAGCAUCAAAGAUGUGGACGUUUCGGACUUUGCUGAGUUUGAAGGACUAGAUUUGCUUCAUUUAGGCAGCAAUCAGAUUACGGCAAUCAAAGGGGACGUUUUCCACAAUCUCACUAAUUUGCGCAGGUUGUAUCUCAAUGGCAAUCAGAUCGAAAGACUCUAUCCUGAAAUAUUCUCUGGCCUUCAUAACCUGCAGUAUCUGUACUUGGAAUACAAUUUGAUUAAGGAAAUCUUAGCUGGCACUUUUGACUCAAUGCCAAAUUUGCAGUUGCUCUACCUAAAUAAUAAUCUCUUAAAGAGCCUGCCGGUUUACAUUUUUUCUGGAGCACCCCUGGCGAGACUGAACCUGAGAAACAACAAAUUCAUGUACCUUCCCGUCAGCGGGGUCCUUGAUCAGCUGCAGACUCUGACGCAAAUUGACUUGGAGGGCAAUCCAUGGGACUGCACUUGUGACUUGGUGGCACUCAAGCUGUGGCUGGAGAAAUUGAACGAUGGCAUUGUCGUGAAAGAACUGAGAUGCGAGACACCUGUGCAGUUUGCCAACAUUGAGCUGAAGUCCCUCAAAAAUGAAAUUUUAUGUCCCAAGCUCUUGAACAAGCCAUCUGCGCCAUUCACCAGCCCGGCACCUGUUAUCACGUUCACCACUCCGCUGGGCCCCGUUCGAAGUCCUCCUGGUGGCCCGGUGCCUCUGUCUAUUUUAAUCCUAAGCAUCUUAGUGGUCCUGAUUCUCACCGUUUUUGUGGCUUUUUGCCUUCUUGUUUUCGUGCUGCGCAGAAACAAGAAGCCCACGGCCAAGCACGAAGGCCUGGGAAAUCCCGAAUGCGGCUCCAUACCCCUGCAGAUGCGGAAGCAUGACCACAAGAGCACCAAAAAGGACACUCUGAGCACAGAAGCGUUCAUCCCACAAACCAUCGAGCAGAUGAGCAAGAGCCACACCUGCGGCCUGAAAGAGUCUGAAACGGGCUUCAUGUUUUCCGACCCCCCAGGACAGAAAGUCAUGAUGAGAAACGUGGCUGACAAGGAGAAAGAUUUACUGCACGUGGAUACCCGCAAGAGACUGAGCACCAUCGAUGAGCUGGAUGAGUUAUUCCCAAGCCGAGAUUCCAACGUGUUUAUUCAGAAUUUUCUGGAGAACAAGAAGGAAUACAACAGCAUCGGCGUCAGUGGCUUUGAGAUCCGCUAUCCGGAAAAGCAGCAAGACAAAAAAAACAAGAAGUCACUAAUAGGCGGCAACCACAGUAAAAUCGUUGUGGAGCCGAGGAAGAGCAGCGAGUAUUUUGAACUGAAGGCCAAACUCCAGAAUUCUCCUGACUACCUACAGGUCCUUGAAGAGCAAACAGCUUUGAACAAGAUCUAGGUCAUGCAAAGUUACUGCAGACAGAGGACAUUUAUUUAAUGAUGAAAGUGCCUUUUGUUGACUUGUCACGUCCAAAUACUAUAUUAUCAAUAGGCAUAGAGGCAGGUGUUUCCAAGGGUGUCUCAUUAACUGUAGCUGCAAAGAAGUGUCCAGUAGAAGAGAAUUUCCUUAAUCGAUUUUACUACACAAAACCUAUACUGUGGAGUCCUGUGGGGAUACUGCAAACUCUAUUGCCAAAGGGAUGCUUUAUAUACGUAACGCUUUGACUUUAACCUAAAGAGGCAAAUUUGUUUUGUUCCCCAAUGCAAAACCUCCGUCUCUUUGUGCUUUGUAAAGCAAACUCAAGAAAACUGGUACCAGUGUUUGUACCUUAGCUGGGUCCUUCAUCUUGCACGUAGAUUAAGUUGGUGGAACUGGAAUAAUCCUUUUGAUUUGUGGCAUUGUAACAACUCUGUGUAAAGAUUAUCUGAAAAGUUUAAAAAAAAAAAGCAUGCAAAGAGAGAACAUUCGAUAGUAUUUGUAAAUCGGUAACCUUUAUGGCCUGCAUCUUGAAACCGCUGGAUUUAUAAUGUUAAAUUGUGCAAAUAUUUGUUUAAAAUAUACCAUGCAUUACAGAACUAUAAAAUAAAUUUGAACACUUUAAGUAUUACCUGUCUAUACAAAAACCUAAAAGAGAAAAAAAAUCAAUGUGAGUUACAUAGCAUUUGUGGUGAUUUGAAGAAAUACGUGAUGUUUAUCAGAAUUAAAUAUGGCUCAAAUUAAAACUGACAUUAGAGUUUGUUCUCAGUUAUGUGAAAUACCCACAAUCCUUAAAGGUUGUCCAAAACUAGCGAAGUGCUUACCGUGUGAGCGCACCCAAAGCUAUUUUUGUAACAUAAUUCAUAUUUAUGAAGUACUUUGUAUACUAAAUAGGAAAAUAUGUACUCCUUAAUAUGUAUUUAAUAUGCCUGUUUUCCUGAUCACAGGGAAUUUAUCAAGAAGCAUAAAUUCAGACAGAAAAAUAUACCAAACUGAAGCGUAAGUGUACAGAAAUAUUCUGGACAUUGUGAUCAGGUAUGAUUUAAAAACAAAACAAAAAGAAACAAAAAAAAAAGAAACAAAAAAGAAAUGAAAAUACAAAAAAAAACCACAACAACAAAAUACCAGUUCUGUGAUAUUCUUGAGAAUUUAGCAUACUAUCUUCAGAUUUGUUACCAACAGUGCAUUUUAAAAUAGGUUCCUUAGUUUUAUAGUAUCGUGUCUGGGACAGUUGUUAUUUGCCAUCAAAAAGUUGUCUUGCUUUUCAGGAUUCUCUGAGCUUAAUUCAAAUAGUUUUCACUACAAAUAUUUAAAAAAAUUAAUGAGUAAGGUAAAUAGUUAUAUCUUGUAUGCAUCAGUAUCCUGUUCUUUCAACAUUCUGACUACUAUCAGAUAAUCAAGUAGGACAGUAAACAUCAUGGUAAUCUUGGCUAUCAAAGCCACACUGUAAAAUGCUUUCAUUGGUCUCAGAAGAGUUUCAGUCUGCAACUACAAAUGACAUGCCACUGUGUUUGCUUGUGCUGUUAAUUCCAAGUUGAAAUUGAUCAAAGGAAGGAAGGAAGUACUCGACAAUGGGAGAGAUUUGAAGAUUUUUCAGGAGCUCCCAAUUAGCAAAGUAAGAUUCAGAAACACGUUGCCUUCUUGGCUUGCCUGCGUAUGUAUACUUUUUGUGCUCAAUCUCUUAUAACUACAGUGUUAUUCAGUAAGAUGACCGAGAAAGUAAACAUAGACAUUCUUCAUGAAUUUCAAGUGGCAGAUGUUUUGGUACAGCUUCCAAAAUGAUAUUAUGGUUCACGUUGGAACAGAAGCCUCUUUAUUAAUUACUAAUUUCAGGGCUUUCUGUGGUUGUUCCAAGAUAAAACAAACAAACAAACAAACAACUUGGCAUUCUUGGAGGGUGUGUGUACAUUUGUGUGUGUGUGUGUGUGUGUGUG